AGAGUAAUGUUACCAGCGCUGAGAGAGUGAGGAGGCUGCGUAUCGAUCCCGCUCACCACCAUUGCAGUGAAUUGGACUACAUACGAGACCCGGGCGGCUUCCGUGGCCGGCGUGGAGUGCGUUUGUGUGGCGUGUGAGCGUAGAUUCUGAGUGAGGCACGAGGUAUCAUCAAUAUGGGCAAAGGGGAUCCUAAAAAGCCGAGAGGCAAAAUGUCCUCAUAUGCCUUCUUUGUGCAAACUUGCCGGGAAGAGCACAAGAAGAAACAUCCAGAUGCUUCUGUGAAUUUUUCAGAGUUCUCAAAGAAGUGUUCAGAAAGGUGGAGGACUAUGUCCGCUAAAGAAAAGGGAAAGUUCGAAGAUAUGGCAAAAGGUGACAAGGUUCGUUAUGAAAGAGAAAUGAAAAAUUAUAUACCGCCUAAAGGAGAGACAAAAAAGAGGUUCAAGGACCCAAACGCACCAAAGAGGCCUCCUUCGGCAUUUUUCUUGUUCUGCUCUGAGUUUCGUCCAAAAAUCAAAGGCGAACACCCUGGUCUUUCUAUUGGGGAUGUUGCAAAGAAACUUGGGGAGAUGUGGAAUAACACUUCCUCGGAUGAUAAACAACCCUUUGAAAAGAAGGCUUCCAAACUGAAGGAGAAGUACGAAAAGGAUAUGAAUGCCUACCGGGCUAAAGGAAAGCCUGAUGUAGCAAAAAAGGUAGCUCCCAAGCCUGAGAAGAGCAAGAAAAAGAAGGAAGAAGAUGAUGAUGAUGAGGAAGAUGAAGAUGAGGAGGAAGAGGAGGAGGAAGAAGAGGAGGAGGAGGAGGAAGAAGAGGAAGAGGAUGAUGAAUGAACCUCUUCUAGAGCAGAUUUUCUUGUCUAUAAAAGCAUAUAACCCCCCUGUACACAACUCACUCCUUUUAAAGAAAAAAAAUGAAACAUAAGGCUGUGUAAGAUUUGUUUUUAAACUGUACAGUGUCUCUCUAUCGCUCUCUCUUUUUUUUUGUAUAGUCAACACACUACCAAAUGUGUCUCUAGGUAGCCCUGUCCUAUUAGUGGUAUCUUAAUGGCCACUGACCUUGCCUAGUACAGUAUGGGGGUUGUAAAUUGGCAUGGAAGUUUAAAGCAGGUUUCUUGUUGGUGCACAGCACAAAUUAGUUAUGCCAUGGGGAUGUAGUUCUUCAUCUUCAGUUGUUUCUGCAUCAAAAAUAAUAGCUGUUCUGUUUUCUAAAUACCACUCUGUAAUUGCAAAAUGGAAAAAAAAGUUGUAGCUGUUGACGUUCUGAUUGCUUUCAAGUAAAUGCAGUUUUUUAUUAGUAUUGUCCUUUUAAUAGGUGCCCUUGUAAAGUCAUUAUUUCUUUCUUCCCUUUUUCUUGGAGAGCUUGUCCUUUGUUACACCCUUUUGGGAUCACGUCAGAGUUACAGUUUCUGCUCUUCAUAUAAGUAACUGAUACAAGAACUGUGUUCUACAUACCCUACAUAAUCAUGAUAGGGUAGGAAAUAUGUACAGGCAUAAUGCAAAGCAGAUUUUUUUUUCCAAUUGUAACAGACCACUUAAAAUACACCUUUUUUUAGCCAGUUUGUAUUUGCUCAGCUUUUGCUGUGUACAAUAUUCUUCUGAGUUGUGUAAAUUUACCAGUCUUGGGAGGGUUGAUAAGCGUAAAAUUCAAUUCUGUGGCAUGGAACUUUCAGGGGGAAAUAAAUUCAAAUCAGCCUUCUUGGAGGACCAAUAAGAGAAAUAUUAUAUUCUGAUUUUGAUCUGUGAGGAAUUUUCAUGUAUGACUCCAUUGGCUGGGAAUGAGUCGUACCUGCAGAUGCCUAAAUUACACACAGGUGGGUGUGCUCUAAGCAGGUAAUGUUAAAUGCUAAAAUAGCGUAAUCCUUUUAGGAUGGCAUGUCAAGUGAUAAGUUGUGGGCUUACUACCAGGAAAGUCUUAUGCUAUAAAAUGUCCCAUGCAAAAGAUUUUACUUUGAUCACAUUUUUUAUAAGUGGUACCAUUGUUUGAUUUGUAAAAAUCCAUGUUUUCCUAGCCCUACUAGUUUUAGCCCAUUUAUAAAACUUUAUAGUGUUUCAAACAAAAAUGAGGUUCUUUUCUUUUAGCCUUUUAUAGCAUGCUUUGGAUGUUUGCCCAUUUUGUAAGUUAAAAAUAGGUGUAUGGAAAGUACUCCUCCCUUUCAUAUAGGUGUGAGAUGUAACAUGGUAUUCAGUGAUCUCUGAUUUGAUGGAACAGGUUGCUCUGAAAACCAAAGUUAAUUUUUUUUCAUAUUUGGUAAACGCUGCUGGCAAUUUUAACUCUUCCAUGUUUACCUGCAAACUGAUAUGGGGAUUGAUUGACAAUUCUUUAGUUAAUUAUGGUUCUCAAGUGCCAGUGUUUAAAGAUAGCAUUCUUGUAAUUUUACACACUUUUUUGAUGGAGUAUUGUUUUGUUAUACAAUUUUGACUUUUGAGAUUCUUACUUCAAUUUGCAUUGGUUUAUGUAACCUCAGGAGAAUUCUGAACACCUGAUAUCCUGGUUGAUACUAAUAAAGUAAUAAUUACAGAG